UUCCUCUUUAAACUCAGACUCCUCCCCCUCCCCCCCCCCUUGCUCAGCCUCAGCCUCCCCCGUCCAAAUCUCCCAUUCCUGGGCGAGAAACAGACACAGCCCAAAUCCACAACCUGUUUGUUUCUCUCUCUCUCCAUCUCUCUCUGUCUCUCGUUCUGUGGAGCUGUUCCUGGGAGCUGUCACCUCUGCCUCUUCUCUUUUUUUCCAUCAGCAGUUUUGCCAUUCUCCCUAUCACUAUCUUCUUCUCUUUCUGUUCUCUCUUUCUCUUUUUUACUCCAUUCACCUCUUCGUUGCCCAUCCCUCCUUCACCUCCCAUCCCUCCCCAUCCAUCCUUCUACAUCCCUCCAGUCCUUUUCCGUCCUCCAUCAGUUCUCCACUUUCCACCUCUUCUCUCAUUCAUUGCACGAUCCACCGGUCCCUCUUCCUCAUCCAUCCAUCCAUCUGCUCCCUCCAGCUCCCAUAUCUUUCUUGCCUGCUUUUAAUCGCCUCUUCCCUCUGGUUCUUUCCUACCCCUCCACCCCUCCCUCUUGAAGACCCUAGCAGUUAAGGUGCUGGGGCUUCCCCCAGGUGGCACCAUGGCGCUGCUGAGCUCCCCAACAGAGACUGAAUGCUUGACUAAGCCGCUUUUCUGCCGCAAGGGGGCGCUACGCCAGAAGGUCAUCCACGAGGUGAAGAGCCACAAGUUCACCGCUCGCUUCUUCAAGCAACCCACCUUCUGCAGCCAUUGCACAGACUUUAUCUGGGGGAUUGGAAAGCAGGGGCUCCAGUGCUUAGUGUGCAGCUUUGUCUUGCACAAGAGGUGUCAUGAAUUUGUCACUUUUGAGUGCCCAGGAGCUGGGAAAGGACCCCAGACAGAUGAUCCUCGGAACAAGCACAAGUUCAAAAUUCACAGCUACAGCAGCCCAACCUUCUGUGAUCACUGCGGCUCGCUCCUCUAUGGGCUGGUGCACCAGGGAAUGAAAUGCACCUGCUGUGAGAUGAAUGUGCACAAGCGCUGCGUCCACUGUGUGCCCAGCUUGUGCGGUGUGGACCACACAGAACGCAGGGGACGCCUGCAGCUCCACAUUGAGACAUUUGGGAGUGACGAGAUCCAUGUGACUGUUGGUGAAGCCCUUAACCUGAUCCCGAUGGAUCCCAAUGGCCUCUCGGACCCCUAUGUGAAACUCAAGCUGAUCCCUGACCCUAAGAACCUAACAAAGCAAAAGACUCGGACCGUUAGAUCCACCCUCAACCCAGUGUGGAAUGAAACCUUCACUUUCACCCUGCAGCCAGGGGACAUGGAGCGGCGCCUCUCCAUCGAGGUUUGGGACUGGGACCGGACAACCCGCAAUGAUUUCAUGGGAGCCAUGUCCUUUGGGGUGUCUGAGCUUUUCAAGGUUCCUGUGGAAGGCUGGUACAAAUUGCUCAAUCAGGAGGAGGGCGAAUAUUAUAGUGUCCCUGUGGCCGAUGCAGAAAACUGUGGGCUGCUGCAGAAAUUUGAGGCUUGCAACUUCCCACUGGAGCUCUAUGAGAAGGUUCGCCAUGGCCCCAUCCCAUCACCAUCCCCCAGCCCCACUGACACCAAGCGUGGCGGGUUCUUUGGCAUCAACCGCUUCCACAUCUCCGACUUCAACUUCCUGAUGGUGCUGGGCAAGGGCAGUUUCGGCAAGGUGAUGCUGGCGGAGCGCCGUGGAACGGACGAGCUGUUUGCCAUCAAGAUCCUCAAGAAAGACGUGAUCAUCCAAGAUGACGACGUUGAAUGUACUAUGGUGGAAAAGAGAGUUUUGGCCAUGGGGGAGCGUCCACAUUUCCUAACCCAGCUGCACUCUACCUUCCAAACUGCAGACCGGCUCUAUUUUGUCAUGGAGUAUGUCAAUGGAGGAGACCUGAUGUAUCAUAUCCAGCAGGUUGGGAAAUUCAAGGAACCUCAUGCUAUGUUUUAUGCUGCAGAAAUUGCAAUUGGCCUGUUCUUUUUGCAUAACAAAGGAAUUAUUUACAGGGAUCUGAAACUGGACAAUGUAAUGUUGGAUGCUGAUGGUCACAUUAAGAUUACUGAUUUUGGGAUGUGUAAAGAAAACAUUUUUCCUGGCAUCACCACACGGACCUUUUGUGGAACACCGGACUACAUCGCUCCAGAGAUUAUUGCCUAUCAGCCAUAUGGGAAGUCAGUGGACUGGUGGUCAUUUGGUGUCCUUCUGUAUGAAAUGUUAGCUGGGCAGCCACCAUUUGAUGGAGAGGACGAGGAUGAACUCUUCCAGUCGAUCAUGGAGCACACGGUGUCCUAUCCCAAAUCUCUUUCACGUGAGGCUGUCUCCAUCUGCAAAGGGUUCUUGACCAAGCAUCCACUGAAGCGCCUGGGUUCAGGACCAGAAGGGGAACGGGAUAUCCGGGAGCACGGCUUUUUCCGCUGGAUGGACUGGGAGAGGCUGGAGCAGCUGGAAAUCCCCCCGCCGUUCAUCCCCCGCCCAUGCGGCCGAAGCGGCGAAAACUUCGACAAGUUUUUCACACGGGCACCUCCAGCGCUGACACCCCCAGACCAGCUGGUCCUCGCAAGCAUUGAUCAGUGCGAGUUCCAGGGGUUCACCUACAUCAACCCUGAGUUUGUGCACCCGUCCACGUUGCGGCAGGGGAGCCUCUCCCCAACAGCCCUGCCUCUCUCUCCGACCAGCAUGCCCCUCUCUCCGACUGGGAUGAUCCCUUCCCCAACCUCCCUGGUGUGAGAUGGUCUCCCGGAUGACCCUUGACCCUAAGAACCCCAAUUCAAGCCCUUAGAAUUCUGCUCCCGGGAGCAUGACUCCUGCUCAGAGCUCAGCCCUAUAAACCCUACGCUUGACCUUAUGACCCCUGCCUCCCCUAGAAAACACUUUUUGUGUUGUUAAUUGUCUCCAGUGAGUUGCUUCCCUCCUUCCUUACCUCCACUAGGUGAAACCCAGAUCAGUGAGGUUAAGAAAGCACACGUAUAUCUAUAGAGGGAUUUUUAAACUCCACCAAUAAAAUAGGAAUAUUCCCUAGGUCAAGGCUAAUCUUUUUUGAGCAUCCCCCAAUUAAACGGAGUUUGCGUUGGCACAAAGAGAGAAAACUGUGCCAGGCGUUUCUGUAAAAAUGGCCCUUUCAGUACUGCUUUUACAAGGUUUCCCCCCUAUAAUCAGAGCGGUGAAUAGCUUUCACACCAUCAGAAAUUCCUCUAAAUUGGCCAAAACAUGGGAUGGCCUAAGCAGGCGUGGGGGCAACAGACAGGACUGCACACACUUUGUGACAAAAUGAUAGAAAUUGUGGCUGGAAUCCGCCCAGAAGACAUGCCCUCUGCCCUAAAUCCAGGCUGGCCACAUGACUGCAAAGUUCUGGCAAAUGGGCAGUGAAAUGAAGGUGUGUUGCAAAAACAGAGGUCCAAACAGGAAGCAGUCGUGGAACUCCUUAGCUCCACAUGUAUUUUUCCAUCCCUUACAAAAGGCCACGCGAUUGUUUAUUUAUUUGGCCCUUGCAAAUUUUUCUUUGAUGAGUUUGGUUUCUCUAAUGGAUAAGGGGAAUGCAGUGGGCAUAAUUAUACUCUGGAAUUGAAGAAGCAACCAUAAGGUGAGCAUGUGAUCACUGACCAAAAUAGCAGCCUGUGAAUUAUUAUUCCAUGUGUUGCUCUGCACUAAGGUGGGGUGGGGGGUGGGGGAGGAGAGCCCACCCUUUCACUGCUGUCUGUCAUGAUCAUGAGCUUUCCUUCACAGGGACAUGGCUGAGUGGUAGAGCGAAGGCCAUGGGUUCAAUUUCUAGCUUCUCUAGGGCUGGGAAAUGUUCCCCGUCUGAAACCCCUAAGGAGAGCCACCACCAAUCAGUGCAGACCGGACAACGCUAGAUUGGCCCAGUGGUCUGACUCAGUAUAUGGCAGCUUCCCUUCAUACAGGCUUAAAAUAUGAAGGGAUGCCUAAUCUACGUUAAAUGAUCCUGAGUAUCUGUUUGCCCUGGAAGUAAUUUUUAAAUUUGGAGAAAUGUCAGGAAGCAACACCUUCCUUCCCUCUCUCUCCCUGCCUCCCCUGCCGAUUGACUGCUCAGAUAAUUUCCGAAAACCCUUCCAGUCUUCAUCCCUUGCCCUGUUCCCAGAUCCUAGUCCUAAAUUUCGUCUCCGUGGUGCUUUCCUUACCUGCUACAGUGUGACGAUGUAACCUUGAACUCGAUAGAUCUUACCCAACUUAGUUGGAGCCCUUUGAUUUCACGCAUAGCUAGGAUGCCUGCCUGUACAAAAAGAGUGUAGAAUCCCAAACUAGCCCUUCCUCUACACCCCUACCCACCCACCCACCUCACUCUUUGUGACCCAGUCCUGCCCUUGUUGAGCCCCGAUGGCUCCGUCCCCCAUUGCCCCCGGCCCCCAGCACUGACACCUUUGCCUUGCUUCCUUCAACAUGGCUGCUUGCAUCACCCACUCAGCUGUUGAAAACCAGACUUUGGAAAGGAAGCGAUGACAGCAACAGAGGUGGCAUGCUAGACUCCGAGGAGAAAAUAUCGCCCUCCUUUAUAGUAACACACAGCAUGUCCAAAUGCGACUUUUCUUUCCUUCUUUUCUCUCUCUCUUUCUCUGGUGCAUGGACUAUAUUACAUGAACAUUAUAGUAUAUUUAUUUAUUUAUACCUAUCUUCCACGUUUCCAUCCUGCUCAGUGGACACCGCCAACCCUCUGCAUCUGCUCUCCCAAGUUAUCACCUGGCAGCCUCUUUCCAGCUUUAAAACUCGAGGUGUGUGGUAAACUGAAGAUGGCGCCUUCUCUCCCCCCCCCCCCGCACCCCUCCCAAUUCUCUGGGACUCCUCUUAACAGAUCAUUUCAUUUAUCAUGAAUACCCUGUUGCUUUUUGAUGUGGGAAAGACACCCUGUCAAGCUUGUGUUGUGAAUAUUUUUCAUUAUGUGGCAAAAGACUGGUAUUUGUUUUUACCUCAUGAGGGAAGCCCACCGAGAACUGGUCUUUGUCCUGAUUUGCCCAGUGCUGGCGAUUUCCAUAAGAGCGAGUGUUCGCCGUGUUAAAUGGGUGCGUGUAAGAUGAUCCUGGGGUGUCUCUGCUGUGCCAAAAGUUACAAAAACUGGUCUUAGUCAGCGACUGAUUGAUGGGCGGAGAAAUAAUUAUAUUCUGCUGGCAGGUCAUGUAGAUGAGCCAAGCGAAAAAUUUCAAGGCCAUUCUCUUCCCUUCAUGCAUCAGGCUGCAGAUUCUGGUGCAUCUGGGCCAACAGUCCCUCUUUACCUGUCUCCACUCACUUUGAAAUUGGAGGAAGCUAGAUUCGGCCUCUGUCACCUCAUGCCUGCCCAUUCUAUGCGGACCUCAUUCCUCCUUCUCUGGCAGAGGGUUUUUAUCAAGCACCCAGCAGGCUAUAAGCUUGGGCAAAUGGGCGUUAAGUGGGUAGCCCUCUUUAGCCCCUCCCUAACUCAGCAAGGGCAUGGGGUUAAGAGCGAGCAUGGGAGCUAGACCACAAGUACCUUGUACCUACCUAAGGAAGAGAUAGCCUGUCGUUAGACCAGAAGAUGUUGGGAUCCAGAACUGCUGCGCUCAUGAAAGAUGAGUAAGAUUGCUAAUAGGACCGGAAUUGUUCUCCUGAGUCAUUUCCAGAGCUCUUUCCCCUUUGGUUUGCCUGAUCCUUCCAGCACAUCAGUCUUCCGCCAGUUUCCAGCCUCGGUCUUUUUUCUCUUUGCUGACAUCCCUUCCACCCCCGCAGCUUGGGAAUAAUCCACGCACACCUCCUUCCCUUCGGCUUGUGGUUCCCUGUAGCCAGUACCAUAGAUUAAUGGACUCACCUAUGCAUUUCAAUAUAAAAGAUAUUUAUCCAA